AGGUGGAGAUGCUGUACCAGCGUUACUUCCUCAAGAUGAACCAAAGCAACAUGACCAAUCUAAUCUCGCUGUUACUUUGUGUGUGCACUAUGACCCUGUUAGUUUCCGCCAUGGACUUUGCAGCUGUCAGGAGUGCUGUUGGAGCAGGAAACGUCCCGCCAAUCGCUGACAGACUGCUGAUGCUGGUGUGUACAUCGGUCUGCUGUAUUGCCGUCUACGGAGAGAUACCUAUCGGCCUCUAAAGGAUGCCC